AUGCCCACCAUCAUCAUUGACGACCUGACGGUGCGUCUCGCAUCGGAGCUGCAGAACACCUUCAACCCCACCUAUGCGUUUGGCGGCAAGAGCCACGGCGGCGCGUUGGCGCUGCGCGAGACGCAGACGGGCCACCUGUUGCUCCCGUACGACGCGGAGGGGAACGUCAUUGUGACGCCUGGCCGCCGCUAUCAGCUGGUGCUUGUGACGGAGCGGAAGGCCGGCCAGGAGCACGGCGGUGUGCCGCAGCAGCAGCAGCAGCAGCAACAGCAACAGCAGCGGCGAAAGGAGGUGCCGCCAGCGACGGAGGGCCGGGCCGAGCACACGCAGCCGCAGGAGGCGAGCAAGGAGAACGAGGCGGUGACGGCCGCCACCAACGGAGAGAAGAGGAAGCGGGAGCGGAAGCACAAGAGCGACACACCGGCCCCUGAGGAGGGUGCCGCCGCACAGCAGCAGCAGCAGCAGCAACAACACAAGAGGGAGAGGCGGGAAAAGAAAAAAAACC